AUGGCCUCUAAAGGGGGAGACGAGGACACUCAUUCAACUGAUGGGGAUACCAAGCAGGAACUAAACACUAAAGGUGAAAAAGAAGAGAAAGAGAAACAACAACCCGCCACAAACGCCCAAGACCAGGAUGAUGAUGAAGCAGGCAAAUGCAAUACUGACCAUCUCCUACAAGAAGUAAGCAAGAAACUACAUCAUCAUGGAACGAAGGAAUAUAUAGAGGAAGAAACAAGUGAUUCUCAAUUAACCAACAAACCAAUUAUUGAAAAUGAGAAAAUUGAAGAUUCUAAAUCAAAGGCUGGAAGUGGGAAUAUUGACGUAGAAACAAAUAAGACUGAUAUUCUAGAUAAAGAAGAACCCACCGAACAGUCUUUAGAUUUUGCAGAACGUCAAGAACUUCAAGACGGAGAAAUGAAAUCAGAAGAAUUGCCAGAAAAAAAUCAUAUUGAAAACAAAGAGAAAGAAGAUAACUCUGGUUUUGAACUAGGAAGAGCGAAACAGUCAGAAACUGAACAAAAUACUGAUCAAACGAACUUCGAUGUUGAAACAAGAAGUGUCACAUUUUCACAAAACGGUGACGAUAAACUAGUAGAACAAAAUGAUAGCUCUACUGAUCAUGCAAUAAGCAAAAGUCAUGAGCUAUCAGCAGACCAUAAAAAUGACGGAAAUCAAUUAGAAACUCAAGCAAAUUCAGAAAAUAAAGUAAAGAUAGACAGCAAUACAACUUACGUCACAAAACCAAAUAAAAAUGAUGAUUCUGCUAAUCUAGCAGAUAAUAUAAAUAUGUCAAACCCAAAAUAUUUUAACGAUAAUGAUGCUAAACGUGAUCAAGAAGAAAAUAAAGUAUUUCAGGAAUCUGUAGCUAAAUCUGAGACUGACCCAAAACAAAACGAAGAUUCUAUAUCUAUUGAUGUUCAUAAACCAGACACUGACCAGUUGUCAGAUAUUACGGCAGGUAUAGAAAAUCAGUUAGAGUCUAAAAGAGGGACUAGACAGCUUACCAAAUCUGAAAACAGCAUGGAUGAUGCAGAUAUUUCUAAAGAUGACAAUGGUAAUGUAGGUAACAUCGCCACUGAAUACACACCAGAUGAGAAAGCGAAACCACAUGCUGAGCAGGAAAAUGAUGCAGGCAAGUCAGAAAAUAGCUACGACGUGCACGUACAUCAAAAACAGGACUACCUUAACUCUGCUGAUGAUCAAUUGCUAACAAAAGGGCAGGCAUACCGCACCGACAUAUUAGACGGAGAAGAACUACAAAAAGUAGAGGUAUCAACGGAGUCGGAACAACAGUUAACUAGAAGUCAAGAUAAUCUAAAAUCUGAGCAUGAAUAUAGCAGCACAAGCGUGGACCAACAAAUUCAACGUGAUCUGAAUAAUAGGAAUACAGAUGGAAUAGAAAAUCAGCCUGGGGCUAAAUAUAUUGAUACACGUUCAGAAGUAGAUGAUGAAGCUGAGGACCAUAAAGAAAUUCCAGAUGAAACAUGUGGAAGUAUUCAAAACGGAUACGAUAGUUCCUCGUCUUCUCUUUCGACCGAUAUCGAUAAAAUUAAUAAAGAUCGUAAAACCAAACCCGUUAAGCCAUACCAGGUGCUACAGUCUAGGAAAAGAAUCGAACCUACAGCCACGGCUACAAAACAAAAAUUUAGAGCUCCUAUCCCUUCAUCUAACUCUUCGACGCCACAGAUGCAUGCAAGUCGCAAAACCUCUCGUAGUGCUCCCUUUAGACGAGCCGAACAUACAACAGAGACACCUGCAAAGUCUACUUCCUUUGCUUAUCUUAGACGCGCCAAGACUUCUAACAGCGGGAGAAUGAUAAGCAGAGGGAAAAAACAAGAAAAUAAGAGGAACAAACCGAACAAAAAAGGUGCAGAGAGCAAUAAAAAGAAGGACUACUUCCAGGAGGAGCUCAGGCGGUUGCGCGUACGACUCGGAAAAGAGGCUGAAAGCAUAAAGAGACCGCAAGUCAAAGAAUACGAACCGUUUGUGUGGACAAGUCUGGAGCCUUACUACAACACAUAUGUACCUCACUAUCUUAUAAACUUGCCUGAUGAAGAACUUCAACCACAAAGGCCCAUCAGUCGUGGCCGCCCCUCUCAAGGGGAUGAUUUUCACCAGGGAUACACAACGCGGAGCACGGCUAUAGGUCUAUGUGAUCCUUGGGUAGAUCUGCGUAUGGACCAGAGUAUUUUACCUAAACUGGAGCAACCGAAAGGACAAUCUAAGGAAAAACCUAAAUCACAAAAGAAAAAGGUGGAAAGUUCCCCAAAAGAAGGAAGCACAAGACUCCCUAAAUUCCCUGUCGUCGAUUUUAACGCUGGAAAGGAAAAUGCAACAAGGAUGUUCCCUUACAACGAGGUGGCAAAAUUUCGGGUAGAACUUAAGGACAGAUUUAGCUCGAAUGCAAAGAAGAAGGUCAACAAAGACUACAAACGCACGAAGGACGAUUUUUACAGAAUGGACCUUCACAAAUUAGACGAAAUUCACCCGUUGAAUCGCCAGCACAUGCGCAAAACUUAUUUUGCAUAUCUUCAAAACACACCUGGGUCACGAAAGGCGGUGAAAGACUGUGUUAAAACCUUGGACAAUGAGCCAGAAACCAAUAAGGAAACACCAGUUCUUGAGGAACAACAACAGCAACAGGCUGUGGCAAGCAACUGA